AUGAAGGUCUCCGCUGUCCUAUCUUUCGCUUCCUUGGCUGCCGCCCUCCCCAGCUCGCGCACCACCAAGUCCUCCAACGCCCCCUUCAGCGUCACCGCCGCCCGCUCCGGCUCUGAAAUUCACUACCUGCCCUUGACUGCCUCCAGCGGCCACUUCUGGCUCGGAGGCAAGUCGCAGACCUACUGCCCCUCCUCCGUCGGGGCUAGCUGCGGAAAGCAGGACGAUACCAUCAUCUAUGGCGGCAACGCCCUGGACGUCGUCGUCCCUGGUGGCCAGCAGAUCUAUGUCGACGCUUCCGGUGCUCUGAGCUUCACUGUUCCCCACUCGGGCUACAUCCCCGCUGGCUCUUCCACCGGUCCCUUCAAGGCGCCUCUGGCUUCAUGGCUUGCCCUGUUCCUCAGGCUCCUUCGUCCUCCUCCGCUACCCCCCUCCGCUACCGCCACCCCUUCAAGCGUUGCUCGCCGCUCUGCCCAGUCUUCCAAGUGGCAGGUCUACGCUGCUCUGCAGAACGCUACUGUUCCUUCCGGCCAGGUUUCUGACUGCCUUGGCUUCGAUGCUCUUGCCACCGGCCUGAACAUCACCUCUGACCAACUUGCCUGGGAGUACAUCUAA